AUGGACCGCCCAACAUGCAAAGUUCUCUCUCUAACUGACAAAGGCCUUCUCUUAGACACCUUCAAUGACGAGUGCCAGCCAGUCCCGUGCCAGCUUUGUGUUUCGCAUAAGGAGAUUGUGGUGUAUAGCACAGAAGCAAGUGUAACAGUCUAUAACUCUGAGACUACCCAGAGCACCACUCUACCUAUAGCCAACGCCAAGAAGAUUUUGAUCUCGCCAAACACUCUCCACAUAGCCGUGCUAACUAAGAACCAGCAGAUCUACUUAACUAACCAGCAGAAGGUCCUUUUUCAGGAAAGCAAAGUCUGGGACUGCGACUUGUCCUGCCACUAUCUGGUCUAUACGCAAGAGUGCCCCAGUGACACAGCCUUACCCAAGGCUAGUACGCCUACUACCAACACUGCCACUACGAGUACCACCAAAGCUACCAGUAAUUCUCCUCCUUCAGAAGCCAAAGCUGCCACAAAUUCCACCAGUGCGCCGGCUAACCAAGCACAGAACCCGACCAACGCACCACAGCGGGUUAGAAUUCAGAAGAAGGAAGGUAUUUCGGUGCCGAUUAAGAAGUCAGUGCCAAAGGCUUUAAAGGCCCUUAAGCUAUCAGAUUUAAGCAAAGUAAGCACUGGUAUCAUGGCGCCAUUAUCUUUUGCCGUGGCCAAGGACUACUUGCUGGCUGCUUGGGCUGUAGGAGCCGACUCUGGUGAAAUAGAAGUGAUUUCCCUGGUUACCUCCCAGAGUAUCAAGAAAAUAACUGUGCGUAACUUCCUAACGGCCAAUUUCGCCGUUGAUACCAAGUACCCCAACGGCCGGGCUCUUUGUACUUGUACGCUGCAGGGCAAAUCCACUACCUACUACGACACUAAGGUUCUUUACUACAUUUAUCCGGCUAAAGAGGUUUAUAAGGUAGUGCCAAUUGAAGGACCUAUUAUGGAUACAGCCUUUUUAAAGAAAGGAACCUUUGCCGUCUGCUACAAGAACAGUCCAAGCCACCUAACUGUUUUUAACAGCCAGGCUGAUAAGAUCAAAGAGUUCAAAAAAGGGAUCAGAAACAAGUUGUUCUUUAAUCGACAAGAGAACAUCGUGUGUUUAGCCGGAAUGAACAACCUUCCCGGAAACAUAGAAAUCAUUGAAACUGCCACUGGUGCCUUUAUUUCAGCUAAUGAAGUCGUUGGGUGCUCAAUCAUUGAAUGGUCUCCUUCUGGCCGCUUCUAUCUAGUAGCGGUCACCAAUCGAAUGGCAGUUGAUAACAAAGCUAUCCUCUUUGACUACUACUCUCGCCAAAUAGCCGAAAGAGACUUCCAAGAGCUCAAGGACUGCCGUAUUUUAGGCCGAGACAAGCCGUUCCAAACGAUUCAAUCUCCUCCAGAGAAGAUCAAGAUUGAAAAGAAGGUUGCCUAUGUUCCACCUUCCCUACGCACUGCCGACCAAGAGCCAACUUGCGAGUGGGUGCCGGCGUACAUCAUUAAGAACAAAGAGAAGCUCCGGGAAGCAAAGAUAGCCCAACUUACACAAGAACUGGACGAAAUCAAAGACAUAGAAGCUCGCAUGGCCAAAGGCCAAGUAGUCCCAGGCGGAAUCUCUAAAAUCCAAAGGAAAGAGUCCCUCCUCAAACAACUCGCGCCCUUCAAAAAGUCUUAA